UCACAGGAAAGAUCUCAUGCUAGGAAUGGCCUGAUAUGAAGGAGUCAUACCUCCAGCUUUCCCAAGCUGUCCUGUGGGUGCCUUGUCCUUCAAGUGCAGGAGCUGGCUGAACUUUCAGGCAUGGAAGCCAAUAUGACUAUCCCAAUCUGGCAAAACAAGCCACAUGGGGCUGCUCGAAGUGUAGUAAGAAGAAUUGGGACCAAUCUACCCCUGAAACCUUGUCCCCGGGCGUCCUUUGAGACUCUGCCCAACAUUUCUGACCUGUGUUUGAGAGAUGUACCUCCAGUCCCUACUCUGGCUGACAUUGCCUGGAUUGCUGCAGAUGAAGAGGAAACAUAUGCUCGAGUCAGGAGCGAUACCCGUCCCCUAAGACACACCUGGAAGCCCAGCCCUUUGAUUGUCAUGCAACGUAAUGCCUCAGUGCCCAAUCUGCGUGGGUCUGAGGAGAGGCUCCUGGCCCUGAAGAAGCCAGCCCUGCCUGCCCUAAGCCGCACCACUGAGCUGCAGGAUGAACUAAGCCACCUGCGAAGUCAGAUUGCUAAAAUAGUGGCAGCAGAUGCAGCUUCGUCUUCAUUAACGCCAGAUUUCUUAUCUCCAGGAAGUUCAAAUGUCUCUUCUCCUUUACCUUGCUUUGGAUCCUCAUUCCACUCUACAACUUCCUUUGUCAUUAGUGACAUCACUGAGGAGACUGAAGUAGAGGUCCCUGAGCUUCCAACUGUCCCCCUGCUUUGUUCUGCCAGUCCUGAAUGUUGCAAACAAGAACACAAAACUACCUGCAGCUCGUCAGAAGAAGAUGAUUGCAUCUCUCUGUCCAAGGCCAGCAGUUUUGCAGACAUGAUGGGCAUCCUGAAGGAUUUUCACAGGAUAAAACAGAGCCAAGACCUGAGCCGGAGUUUACUGAAGGAAGAAGACCCUGCUGUGCUCAUCUCUGAGGUCCUUAGGAGGAAGUUUGCUCUGAAGGAAGAAGACAUCAGUAGGAAAGGAAACUGACAGCACUGACUCUGCAGACUGUCUCAUGCUCCUCAACUCCUUCAAUAGCUGCCUUCCUCGCUGCAGAUGUCUCUGCCUCAGUUAGAAGUCUGCAACAGUCUUGCCAACCAGCUAGGGCUCAGACUGAAAGAGAAGAGCUGGGCUGUGUUACUUGCACUUAAACCUUGACAGAAGCUAAGGUCUGUGGUUUGAGAUGAGGCGUUUGUUACAGGUAAUCGGGUAGGGUGGAGUGUCUGUUUAAAGAGGUGAAGUUCUUGUUUUUCCUAGUCUGUGUGAAAAUCUGCCCUAAAUGAAUGACUCAGUUCACUGCAUUAGACUCCAUAAUUGGUCUCACUGGACACUUUGUGCACAGCUGUCACUCAGCAGCUUCCUUGCAGCACCACAAGGCUAAGGGGGAGUGGCUGUUGAUGUUCACAGGGAUGAUCUUCUGCUGCUCCAUCAUAAACCUAUACCAGUGCCCAGCAAUCACCUUUUCCUGUAGCUAGAGCAGUCAGGCCACUGCACCAGCCAAUACCAGGCUGCUGCGGGGAGGCCUGGGCUAUUUUUUCUGAAACAUAUUUUAUAAAACUACAACCAGAUCUACCCUCCAGGGCCUCAUCAUCAUCAGUUCCACUGAAGUCUAGAAAGAAGUGGGGAGAGAAAAAAGAACAUACCAUCCUUCUUCUAGGAGAGUAACUGAUUUCUCUGGGUUGGGCCAAGAUUUUAUUUACUGCAUCAUGCAUGACUCAGGUGCCCUCAGGGCCCUUUUCUCUAUGGUAUGAAUACUGCGUGUCUGAAUUGAAACACUACCUGACAUUAAAUGAAGGAUUUGGAGAA